GUCCUGCCGCACUCUCGCUCCGCCAAGCUCCGCAGGACCCGACCGCUGCUCGGCCCGCAAUGGGCCCUCGGUACCCUAGCGUCUGCGCGCUCCUGCUGCUACUGCAGGUCUCAUCGUGGCUCUGCCAGGAGCCAGGGCCCUGUCGUCCUGGCUUUGGCUCUGACAGUUACACGUUCACAGUGCCCCGGCGACAUUUAGAGAGAGGCCGAGUCCUGGGCAGAGUGAGUUUUGAAGGAUGCACUGGCCGGCCAGGGACGGCCUACAAUGCUGAUGACACGCGAUUCAAAGUGAACGCAGAUGGUGUGGUGACUGUCAAGCGACCUCUACAACUUCAUAAACCGGAGCUGAGUUUUCUGGUCCACGCCUGGGACUCCAGCCGCAGGAAGCUCUCUGCCAGAGUCACGCUGAAGGCAGCCGAGCACCGUGACCACCAUCACCGCCACCACCAUCAUGAUGCUAUCUCUGAAACCCAGACAGAAGUGCUCACAUUUCCGAACUCCCAGCGUGGUCUCAGAAGACAGAAGAGAGACUGGGUUAUCCCUCCUAUCAGCUGCCCAGAAAAUGAGAAAGGCCCAUUUCCUAAAAAUCUGGUUCAGAUCAAAUCUAACAGAGACAAAGAAAUCAAGGUUUUCUACAGCAUCACUGGUCAAGGAGCUGACACACCUCCGGUUGGUGUAUUUGUUAUUGAAAGAGAAACGGGAUGGCUGAAGGUGACAGAGCCUCUGGAUAGAGAACAAAUCGCCAAGUACAUCCUCUAUUCUCACGCCGUGUCUUCUAAUGGGAAUGCAGUCGAAGACCCAAUGGAGAUCGUGAUCACUGUGACUGAUCAGAAUGACAACAAGCCUGAGUUCACCCAGGAGGUCUUUGAAGGAUCUGUCAUGGAAGGUGCUCUGCCAGGCACCUCCGUGAUGCAGGUCACGGCCACAGAUGCGGAUGACGACGUGAACACCUACAACGCCGCCAUCGCUUACCGCAUCGUCACCCAAGACCCCCUCCUGCCCAGCAGCAUGAUGUUCACUAUCAACAAGGACACAGGAGUCAUCAGCGUGCUCACCACCGGGUUGGACCGGGAGAAAAUUCCCAUGUACACCCUGGUGGUCGAGGCUGCCGACCUGCAAGGUGAAGGGUUAAGUACAACCGCAACGGCUCUGAUCACAAUCACUGACAUCAACGAUAUCGCCCCCGUCUUCCAGCCCACCACGUACCAGGGGCGGGUGCCUGAGAACAAGGCCAACGUUGAAAUCGCCGUACUCAAAGUGACUGAUGACGAUGUCCCCAAUACCCCAGCAUGGCAGGCCGUGUACACCAUUUUGAACAAUAACGAUGAGAAGUUUGUUGUCACCACAGACCCAGUAACCAACGACGGCAUUUUGAAAACAGCUAAGGGCUUGGAUUUCGAGGCCAAGCAGCAGUAUAUUCUGUAUGUGACCGUCGUGAAUGUAGCCCCGUUUGAGGUCAUUCUCUCCACCUCCACGGCCACUGUCACUGUGGACGUGGAGGACGUGAAUGAAGCCCCCGUCUUUGUGCCUUGCCCAAAGGAAGUGCGCAUACCUGAAGACUUCGGUGUGGGCCUGGAAAUCACGUCUUACACUGCCAAAGACCCGGACCAGUUCAUGGAACAGAGCAUAACGUACCGGAUUUGGAGGGAUGCUGCCGGUUGGCUGGAGAUUAAUCCAGAAUCUGGUGCCAUUUUCACUCGGGCUGAGCUGGACAGAGAGGACACAGAGCAUGUGAAGAACAGCACGUACGAGGCCAUCAUUAUAGCCGUUGACAACGGUUCUCCAGUUGCUACUGGAACGGGAACCCUCCUCCUGAUCCUCUCUGAUGUGAAUGACAAUGGCCCUGUACCAGAACCUCGAAAUAUGGACUUCUGCCAGAAGAGUCCACAGCCUCAUGUCAUCAACAUCAUUGACCCAGAUCUUCCGCCCAACACAUCUCCCUUCACAGCAGAACUAACGCAUGGGGCAAGUGUCAACUGGACCAUUGAGUACAAUGACCAAGCCCAUGAAUCUCUAAUUUUGAAGCCGAAAAAAACCUUAGAGUUGGGUGACUACAAAAUAAAUCUCAAGCUCACGGAUAACCAGAACAAGGACCAGGUGACCACCCUAGAUGUGUACGUGUGCGACUGUGAAGGGGUCACCAACAACUGCAAGAGGGUGGCGCCAUACGCAGAGGCAGGCUUGCAGGUUCCUGCCAUUCUGGGCAUUCUCGGAGGAAUCCUCGCUUUACUAAUCCUCAUUCUGCUGCUUCUGCUGUUUGUUCGGAGGAGAGGGGUGGUCAAAGAGCCCUUACUACCCCCAGAAGAUGACACCCGGGACAACGUUUACUACUAUGAUGAAGAAGGAGGUGGAGAAGAGGAUCAGGACUUUGACUUGAGCCAGUUGCACAGGGGCCUGGAAGCUCGGCCGGAAGUAACUCGCAAUGAUGUGGCGCCAACCCUCCUGAGUGUGCCCCAUUACCUGCCCCGCCCUGCCAAUCCUGAUGAAAUUGGAAACUUUAUUGAUGAAAACCUGAAGGCAGCAGACACUGACCCCACUGCUCCUCCUUACGACUCUCUGCUGGUGUUUGACUAUGAAGGGAGUGGUUCCGAAGCUGCUAGUCUGAGCUCCUUGAACUCCUCAGAGUCAGACCAAGACCAGGACUAUGACUACCUGAACGAAUGGGGCAAUCGCUUCAAGAAGCUGGCGGACAUGUACGGAGGUGGCGAGGACGACUAGGGGACUUGAGACAAAUGGGGAAGGAGAUGGGUCCUUAAGCCAUGUGGUAGAAAAUGCAGGGGUAAUGGUUUUCCACCGCCCUUCACUUGAGAUGAGUUUCCGGGGAAGAGAGACUGCUCAGUGAUGCAGUUAGAAUAGUUAGGAUUACCACUUUAUAGAUCUAAUCUGUGUGUGUUAGAAUGAUUUUGACUUCUUACUUGAAGCUUUUUUUCUUUCAUCGUUCUUUAAAUGGUGAUGCUGUCCAAUAGACCCCCCCCCACAUGUGUAAUAUUUCAUAAGAAUAGCUUCAGUCUCCAGAAGAUUGUGUUAGCAACUUGCAGAUUUCCUUACAGGCUUUUGUCUCAUUUUUUUAGAGGAAGGGAAGACUCACCUGCCCUAUUUUGUGUGUAUGUGUAUGUAUAUAUGUAUAAUUAUUUUUAAUCUGUGUUCUUUUUUUCUCCUAUCACUGCACUGGUGUUCCCUGUUGUAACACCCACUCUUACUCCUCCUGAACUUCUAUUGCCCCAGACAAGAGUUCUCUGUUGGAGAAAUUGUUGGGCCCUUUCAGGGUAGGAGACUUGGUCUUAGUCUGGCCAUAGUGUGACUGAGUAUCAUGGACUCAUAAGACCUUUAAUGGAUCUCCUUUUUAAUUUCUUAAGUACAUAACUUGAAAUUGGUGUCCAUCCACUUACUUAUUCUGCGUAAGUAUGUUUGUUAUGUGUAUGUCCUUAUGGAGGUACUUUGGUUCUCAACAGGGAGCACUGAGCAGAAAAGGUGAUGAGUUUUCAGGCACCACUCAACUUCUAAUGUUCAUUUGUCACUCAAAAGAGUGAUCUAUUUUGACAUUUAAGAUAGUGCCCAAGUGCCGCAGCCAAAGGCAGAAGGAGGUUUGUCACAGCUGAGGGCAACAUGAGAAACGGGCUUGGAGGUGGCAGGAGAGAUGUGUCAUUGAUCCUGGCAAUUUAGCAAACUGAGACUGUGAAUGAUUGAGGUGGCUCUACCUCUGUUCUGAAAAUUCUGAAGAAUGGAAGAACGUCAGCAUGUGUGUCCUAUCAGGAUCCUCAUGCCAGAGUUUAUACCUGAAACCUAGAAUCCCCAAGUGCCUGCUUUUGUUGAUGUCUACAGAAAAUGCUGGCUCAUCUGGACACAUCUGCCCCAAAUUCCAAGUGUGUGUAGAAAACCAAGAAUAUUUAGGAAAUCCAAUUUUUUCCCCUGAGGAACAGAAAGAAAAUGUGCCCUGAAGGGUGUUAGCAUGGGGAGGAUGGGGAGAACUUUGAUUUGGAUCUUCUUUUAAUUGAAAUGCAAACUUCAAGAAACUUUUGACAACCACGAAGAACAAUUUUAUCUGAAUUGCUUUACUGUCUGUCAGCUGUUUUUCAAAGGGAAAAAAAAAAUCAUCCUUGCAAUCACUUGGAAUUCUCUUGAUUUUUCAGCAAUUUAAACUCCAAUGUAGACCUGUGUAGAGAAUGCUACUACAGUUUUGAGUGUAUAUGUGUGUGGGUAUGGAUAAUUUUUGUAUUUUCUUUUGGGGUGGAAAAGGAAAACAACUUAGGCUGAGGAAAUUCUUCAAUAUUCAUUUUUAUAAAUUUUAUUAAAGAAUUUUGUUAAACCAUU